AUGUGCCAUUUGUCUGUGGGAGUCGAGCAUCAGGCUUUCUGGGCAAUUAAAGAGAUGAACUUGAACGCUGAGACUUGUGCUGGAGAAAGGAAGUUACAGCUACAGGAGCUUGAAGAGCUCCGCUUUGACGCUUACGACUCUGCCAUGUGGCUUAAGCUGAUGCUUGGGAAGUUGCGGUCAAGGUUGAUAGGCCCCUAUACCAUCAUCGCCAUACGAGCAAAUGGAGCAAUCGAACUCCAAGGAAGCGAUCCUGAUACGUCUUCAUUUUUGGUGAAUGGGCAUAGGGUGAAGCCCUUCAGAGAUGGCGCUGAGGCGUGCGUGGUGGACGACAUUCCACUGCUCAUGCCCAACUCUCUCCAGUAA